UAGACCACGUCGAUAGCUUUAAUUAACAUCAGCUGGGUUUUGUAAAGGCUCUUCAUUACUUAGUGAUAGGCAAUGCUGUUGGCUGCGCGUUGACUGCCGGUGCACGCGGUUAUUUAAAAAGUAAAUAAAUAUAGUCUAUUCCAUUUUAACUGCUCUUUUUUUGUUUUAAAAAGUGAAUGAAUGAAUGGAUUGUUAAAAAUAUAAUGCAGUGAAGUUGUGACGCAAAAUUGGUUUUGUUUAAGAAAACGGAGAAGUUAAAAAAGUUAUGAUGCAGGCGUCUUCGAGCAGCGAGCGCACCCCGCUGGUGCAGCCGACGUAUGUCUUCGAGUCCAGCCUCGCACGCCGCUACCAGAAGAGGCUGCAUCACAUGCAAUGUGUGAUGUGUGUUUUUAUCAUCGCAAUAUUAAUGGUGGCUCUACUGGUGACCAUUUCAUACAAUUUGAGCCAGGAUAUGGAUGAUGAUAUCACCACGGAACCUAGUGAACCUGCACUUCCUAUACCUGGGGGCAACCUGACGCUGCUGAAAAUGUCUCCAGGAAUGGCAUCAUCUGGUAAUCCUGGUAACCUCACUCUUGUCAACGGCACACUGAUGGCAAUGCCACCUGCCUUACAGCCUCUACUAGAUUUGAAGUGGCCUUUAAAAGGACAACCACCAGCAGCAUGGGCAAGCACUACUCCAAGCAAGGCUCAAAUAGCAUCAGCUCUUUUAGAAGGAAAGGCAGCUUUGAAGGAGAAGACGAAGGCGGAAUGGCUGCGUCGGCCUCUGGACAUGGACACACCAGCUAAUAGAGCUCAAAGAGCGGCAGCCACUUCAGCUGAUGUCAAGCCAUUAGCUGACUCUGCUUAUGCUGCAGAAAUAGCCACUAAAGCUCUUAUGAAUGGCACAGACAUUUCCCUGCGCCCUGGUGGAGCGGGAGAAGGUCCUCCUCUAAACGGAUCAUUCCCAGAGCCGCCCUACUGCAGCACCACGCCCAUACCCUGUACUCUAUCCAGGUACAGAACCACAGAUGGCACGUGCAACAACCUAGAGAAUCCAUUGCGUUGGGGAGUCUCUAAGACUCCCUUCCGACGAGUGCUACCUGCAGACUAUGGUGAUGGUGUAAGCUCCCCUCGCCAAGGAGUGGACGGAGCAGCCCUGCCGAGCGCUAGGGACGUGAGUGUGACGGUGCACAGACCGAGCUAUGCGCACGACUCCGCCUUCACAGUCAUGUUGGCCGUCUGGGGACAGUUCGUGGACCAUGAUAUCACUGCCACUGCUCUUAGCAAAGGUCAAAACGGCACAGCUCUAUCUUGCUGCGACCCGACACAGACUCCUCACCCGGAGUGUUUCCCAGUACAACUGGAUGUAGACGAUCCCUUCUACCAGGACUAUAACAUCACCUGCAUGGAGUUCGUGAGGUCUGCACCAGCUCCCACUUGCCAUUUCGGUCCCAGAGAGCAGUUGAACCAGGCUACAGCAUUCAUAGACGCGUCCACAGUGUACGGGUUCGCAGAGGCCCGUAGUGCGUCAUUACGGUCCUUCGUUGGAGGACAACUGCGGAUGCUGAAGAUAGGAGCCACCCAACUACUGCCGCCCUCUACCGACCCUAACGACAGCUGCAACACUGCUGAGAUGAACGCUAAGGGACGAUACUGCUUUGAAUCAGGAGAUGACCGAGCAAACGAGAACCUCCACCUGACAACGAUGCAUCUAAUCUGGGCGCGACAACACAACCGAGUGGCCGCCGCGCUGCGCAAGUACAACCCGCUGUGGGACGACGACACCGUGUACCAGGAGGCCAGGAAGAUACUUGGGGCACAGAUGCAACAUAUCACCUAUUCUGAGUUCCUGCCUAGCAUACUUGGAUCGGACGUAAUGUGGGCCCUGAACAUGACAGUGGAGGAGGAGGGCUACUCCGACGUGUACGACCCGACCGUGGACCCUUCCAUCGCCAACCACUUCGCUUCUUGUGUCUUCAGAUUCGCACACACAUUGCUACCGGGUCUGAUCCACAACACAGACAAGAGUACGGGCACGAUCCAGUACACGCACCUGCACCAGAUGUUGUUCAACCCGUACACGUUGUACACCAAGAAGGGUCCCAUAGACGCCGUCACCUCCGCCAUGGCCACCCUCGUACACGCUGUGGACCCACAUGUUACUACUGAGCUAAGCAACCAUUUGUUCGAGAAACCAGUGAUCGCCAAUACAUCAGAUGCUGAUGACAAGAAGCCGGGUCCAUGUGGGUUGGACUUAGUCUCCCUGAACAUCCAGCGCGGCAGGGACCAUGGUCUACCUGCCUACCCUCAGUGGAGGGAGCACUGCGGACUGUCCAGGCCGAAGAACUUCACCGACUUACAAGCUAUAUUCGACGAGUCCUCGCUCAGUAGGAUUUGCAAGAUUUACAAUUCAGUAGACGAUAUCGACCUAUACACGGGUGCGUUAGCAGAGGACCCUAAGGGUCGUCUCCUAGGCCCCACCCUGACCUGCCUCAUCGCUGACCAGUUCUACAGGAUCAAGGUCGGCGACCGGUUCUGGUACGAAUCUUCCGAUCCCACCCUUGCAUUUACUUUGGAACAACUAGCAGAAAUCCGCAAGACCACCUUAGCUGGAGUCAUUUGCGCGAACGAAGACCUUUUGGACCAGGCCCAGCCUCGAGUGAUGGAGGCCGUCAGUGCCACCAACCCACUGGUGGACUGCAAGGAGUUGCCACAACCUAAUCUAAAAGCAUGGGGCAAACCCAAGGCGUCAAAGACAACGAAGUCCUAAGAAGGGAGUGAGGUAAUACAGUGAUAGCUAGUCCGACACGAGGUGGAUGUUUGAACCUAAACCAGUCUGAUAAUUGUAUCCAAGCCUAUGUAUAAUAGUAAUUUUAACAAUUUGAUUUAGUUUUUAUAUUUGACAGAUUUUAAAUAUACAUAUAUAUAUAAAUACCGAACUUCACGCCUGUUUGUCUAUUUAUUUGAUAAAUAAAUGAAAAAACUUUGCAUCAUGUUGUAUAGCCGUUUCAAUUUGAAAUAACAAUUAUUUUAUUUGGGCGUUGGUCCCAAAAUAUGGCCCUGAAGAACUCCUUGGACUUAGAUGUAAAAGUAAUAAAAAUGCAUAUAAUUUUACCCGAUUUUGUAAUAAAUAAAUAUGGAACAAUGAAGUUGUAGGAAUUGCUUUACAACAUUUUGUGAAUUUUUGAACAGAUUUAGGACUUUAAGCUAUAAAUAAAUCUGUGUUGUGGGUAGAAGUCCCACACGGAACAAAAACUAGUACACAAGUACAUCUGUUCCGGGUCUAUAUUAUGUUUAUCUAUGUAAUAACCAUUUAAUACUGUAGAAAUAUGUUAGUAAACGCACUCACGAACGAAAGAGAAAAAGUUAGAUUAGGUUCAAAGAUGCAGCUUAAAAUAUAAGUGUACAUAAAAACGCAGUUGUAGAUAACUUUAUGUUAUACAAUAUACAAUGUGUCUCUAUACAUGAAAUUGUUUAAGAUAUUGAGUUACCGAUAUCAAAUUCCAAUUACUUAUAGAAAGUUUUAUAGUAAAAUUCACGUCAAUGUCGGAAUAAAAAAUGCCUCAAUUUGUUAAUAAAUAAAUUAUUGUUAUACAAUUUAAAUAUUGCUGAAUCAAAUACUCACAUAAAAUACUCAUACGCUCAUUUAGUUCCACAUAAUGUAGAUAUUAUAGCUUUUUAGUACCUUAAUAGAAACAUUGAUUAAUUGAUUACUAAUCAUAUACUUGAUUGUAGACAAUAUGUAUGUAUCGUCAUUACAAGGCAGUAUGUUUGUGUUACCUGUUUUGUAAAGUUAUUGGCAGUGCUAUAAAUAAUAAUUAAUUGUUACGAUACCAUUAGAAUAUUAAUAAAAUAAUUAAAUCUGUUUUACACGACAUUGCUGAAAUGAAAUGCUUCAAUGUGUUUAUUGAUAUGAAGUAAAUUGGUUAAGAAACAAAUUGUUUUUUAUUUA